AUGGGACUCCCGGAGGACCUUAUUCCGUACCUCGCAAACAACGAUCCUCUUCCAGACAAUCUUCGGGCGGUUGCCAAAAGUGCCCUAGAGGACCCGGAAGGCCAUUCACUAUCGGACAUAGAGAAGUACAGGCUUCUCUUGUCUCCCAUUCGGUCCCUCCCAUUCGAACUGAUUGCCCAAAUCAUUCGUGCGAGGUUAUCGAUGGACGAAACCAUCCUGUUCCGACGCUAUCAGCGACUGGUCUUUAUGAACCUUCGACAGGUUUGUCGUGCAUGGAGAUUGGUAUCGUUCUCUACUCCCUCCUUCUGGAGCAGGGUCCAUGUCGACAAAACGGACCUGUCACUCGCCACAUGUCCAGGGCCCCGCUUUUCCUACUACCACCUUCCAACCCAGAUAUCCAAGUGGUUCGAUCGGGCAGGGAACGUCCUUCUUUCGCUGAUUGUCGAUACCCAGGGAUGCUCCAUCGCAGAUUACCACAGCCUCUUGACGGCUAUCGUCACGAUUACUCAAGAAAGACAGAGGCAGUGGACAACACUUUCCUUGGCAGACAUCUUGCAAUACGGGAGAUGGCCAGGUCGCAUCCGCAGCCAUGCAUACGAUGUCCUUUAUCCAAUACGGAACUGCCACCAUAUGGGUAAUCGAAACCCGUGGCACAGUGUCCAACACCUUUCCCUGACCGUGGCUUGGUACUUCCUGGGGCCUCGGGUCGAGGGAUCCCAGCCCUGUCCAUAUGACUGGCAUUUUGAAGGCGACGAAUUCUUCGAUCUCUUCCCCAACCUCAAGAUCCUCAAGCUCGGGUCCAAGACCACGGAGGAUACUUGGAGGCUCUCCCACCCGCGUCUCACGACGCUGAUCAUGGUGUUUUGUGGAAAGCUGGACUCGUUUCUUCUCAUGGUGAAGCAGCUUCCGGCGUUGGAAACUUUGGUCGUCAAGUACGACCCAGCUCGCCGUGGGCGCGCCAGUACGGUAACCCGAGUUCAGCUACCCCGAGUCACUCGCUUCGGCUUCCAAGCUCCCGAGGAGGGGUUAUUCCUUCUGGGCAAUCUGGCCUUGCCCAAGCUCGAUGAAUUGUGCCUGUCGGUGUACCGGCAUGGUACAUCUGACGGGUCAGUUCCACCAAUCUUUGACUUUUUUUCUCAGUCAAAGUGCCCUCGAGUUUUGUAUAUUGCCAAUCAUAUCAACGCGGGGCUUCUUCGAAGCAUUUUGUCCCACCGCAUCGAUACUCAAGACAUCGUCAUUCGAAACUUUCGACCGCUCUGCUCCCUGGAUAGUCCUCAUUUCCUGCCACAAUUGCGACACCUUCGGUAUCGUGUAUCUACGAACAUAUGGCCGGAUGACUAUGUUGUGCGGUUCGUUCAGGACAGGAAGGGGGUGGAGACGGUGGAGUUUUUGCCGUUUGAGAGAAUUAAGCCGGGAGAGAGGGUGAGGGUGAGGCGGCAGGUGGAGAGGUUGGCGGAGAUGGGAGUUGUGAUGACUUGUGAGGAGAGAGGAGAUGAUGUGGUGCCCCAUUGGAUGGAGUUUCCUCGUUGA